CCGGGCUCGGCCGUUCGGCCGCUGGGCAGCUGUUUUCGCCCCUGAUAUAUCUAGUUUGGUCUUCAAAGGCUGACUGAAAAUGUUCUCGGAAGCCGUAGACCACAAUCAACAGUUGGCCCACGAUGACUCGACGCCAUAUGAUUCCGAGUCCACAAUCAGUCGCGGGCAUUUGCAGGAUAAACCGCCCGAUACGAAUGAUGAGGAUCCCGAGGCGCUGACUCGGCUUGAAACUGCUCAGUCGGCCCUCAAACCGCCAUCCGUGCUCUGGAAGGAAAUCAUAUUCAUUGCAGUGGUUUGCAUGGCCCAGUUUAUGACGCAAGCCGGGCUCUGCAUGUCCAUCGCCCCGGCCCACAUCAUCGGCGCGAGCUUCAACACCAGCAGUGCCGGAGAACUGAGUUGGUUUGCUGCCGCUUACAGCUUGACGGUCGGAACCUUCAUCCUGGUCGCUGGUCGGCUCGGGGACGUCUACGGCCAUCGACUCAUGUUCAUCAUCGGAUUCUCCUGGUUCGGACUCUGGUCUCUGCUGGCCGGAUUCAGUGUCUGGUCCAACAAGAUCUUUUUCGACUGCUGUCGGGCAUUGCAAGGGAUUGGUCCCGCAAUGUUGCUUCCAAACGCGAUUGCAAUCCUCGGUCGCGCGUAUCCUCCCGGUCUGCGCAAGGAGAUGAUCUUCAGCUGCUUCGGCGCCACAGCACCAGGAGGCUUUAUUGUUGGAGGUGUCUUUUCCUCUCUCUUUGCCCAGCUCGUCUGGUGGCCGUGGGCGUAUUGGGUCAUGGGCACGGUGUGUUUUGUCCUGGCUGCGCUCGGUAUUCUCGUAAUCCCGUAUACACAUCGCCCGAAAUUCAAAGACAACAUGACGACCUGGACGAGGUUAGAUAUUCUCGGUGCUAUCACCGGCAUUUCCGGGCUUGUUCUAAUCAACUUUGCAUGGAACCAAGCUGCCUUGGUUGGCUGGACAGCCCCCUACACUUACGCACUCCUUAUUGUCGGAUUUGUUAUCUUCGGAAUCUUCGUCUUUGUCGAACGUUUAGCUCCAUGCCCGCUGAUCCCGAGAUCGGUGCUAACGGGCGAUCUGGCCUGGGUCCUUGGAUGUAUUGCGGCAGGCUGGUCUAGUUUCGGCAUCAUCAUUUACUACUUCUACCAGUUCAUGGAGGUCAUUAAGGGCGACUCACCAUUACUCGCAACCGCCAAAUGGUCUGCUGCAGCGCCCUCUGGUGCAGUCGCAGCCCUUGUUACAGGUUUUCUGCUCGGGAAACUGCCUCCUAGUGUCAUCAUGUUCUUCGCCAUGUGCUUCUUCACCGCUGGUCAGGCGAUCUUCGCCACAGUGCCCCUGAAUCAGACGUACUGGGCGCAGGCGUUUGUCGUCAGCCUAAUCACCUCGUGGGGAAUGGACAUGUCCUUUCCUUCUGGCACGCUGAUUCUGAGUAAUUCCAUGCACCAUCACCACCAAGGCCUUGCGGCAUCGCUAGUCACCACCACCGUGAAUUACUCGAUCUCCCUUGGCCUGGGAUUCGCCGGCACUGUGGAGUCGAAUGUGAAUGAUGGCGGAAGAAAUCCCCUCAAGGGGUACCGCGGGGCCCUGUACCUGGGUAUCGGGCUUGCUGCGUUGGGACUGGUCACAUCCAUCUUCUUUAUGUCCGUCAGUUGGAGACGGCAUCGCCUGGGGAAGGAGACUUCGUGAUGUUUGAUGUUCAACGGUAAUGAUAGAUUGCAU